CACAGCACCUGCUUCUGUCAGUCAAACGUCAUUGAGAGUAACCUACAGAGACCAAUGAGAGGGAGCCGGACGCCUCGACUUCAGAUCAACUUAUAAGGAAUUAUCGAAGAGAAGAAGAGAGAAAUGGAGCAGAAUGGAACCAGUGUCGAGGAAGCGUCGGCGGACGUCGAGCUGGCCGCAGAAAUAAUGAAGAGACAUUUCCGUCCAUCGCUGAUCAAAAUACAAGCGUGGGAAGGUUACAUCUUCGCAGACAUGGAGAUUAAAAUCUCAGAGUCUACAGACUGCUACGGGGCUGUGCUCUGGCCUUCUGCCAUGGUGUUGUGCCAUUUCCUCGACACUCACCGUGACGAAUACAACCUCAUGGAUAAGAACAUCAUUGAACUGGGAGCCGGGACGGGACUGGUUACCAUAGUAACCAGCCUUUUAGGUGCAAAGGUGACCUCUACGGACCUGCCGGAUGUUCUGGGUAACCUGAGGCACAACAUUCUACACAACACCCGAGGACGCUGUCGCCACGAGCCGCACGUGACCGAGCUCAGCUGGGGCCAACAGCUGGAAGAACGCUUCCCACGGGCGUCGGCUCAAUACGACUACAUCAUGGCUGCAGAUGUGGUUUAUUCACAUCCAUACCUGGACGAGCUGAUGGAGACCUUCAUGCACCUGUGUUCUGAUAACACCGUCAUCUUAUGGGCCAUGAGGUUUCGUCUGGAUCCAGAGAACAGCUUCGUGGACAGAUUUGAGAAACUCUUUCACCUCCAGGAGCUCUACGAUCUGCCCAGUCUUAGUAUAAAGUUGUACAGCGCACGGAAAAGACACGGAGACGCGGCGUAGACUGGAGUUAAACAAAUCACAGCAUUGGAUUGAUGUAUGACUUUCUUUGUUUACUUUCUAAAGUUAACAUGAAAUCAAAAUUGAUUCGGUUUACUUUCUUCAUACACGUUCCUAGCACAUCAUGCCAUGACAUUGACACAAAGUUUGUCAUCAGAAUUAUUAUUUCUUAUAAAAGUAAAAUGAUUAGCUGUUUAUGUCGACUUUAAGAGCCAGAAACUCUACAGUCCGUGUAAACGUGUUUGUUUAUUAGGUUGAAAUAUGUGGUGACACUAGUUAAUAGAUCAUUCUUGAUAAUAAAUGGUUAAUUUUUAAACUAAAACUAUUUUUUUAUAAAAUUUUGUUUAAAAAAAUGAGAAACGUUAGAUUAGAAAUAAGGUUUAA